AAUGAAAAACUGCAGCGGGAGGUGGACAAGUUGAAAUUGAUGCUUCAGGCGGCCAACGGCGAGCUGGAGGAGACACGUGAGGCCGUUCGCAUGGCGGAGGCACAAUUGAAGGAGCUACGCAUGCAGGCACAAGAAGAACACAACAGCCUGGAAAACGCGAAACACGAGGUUGAGCGUGAAGCUGCACUGGUGCGACAGCAGUUGGCCCGCUCACUUGACGCGGAGGCCGCUCUAAAACGAGAAGUGGAUCAGUUGAAGCGAGAGCUGAACAUGGCACAAGGCGAUGUGGCGCAUUUUCAGCGGGACACCGUCACAUUAGGGGAGGAGGCAAAACAGACACAGAGUCGACUCAAGACAAUCGAAAAUGAAAAAGAGGAGACACAGCAACUUGGGGAGUUGCAACGCAUCCAGCUUCAGCUGUUAAGCAGAGAAAACGAGGACAAGCUUCAAGAGUUGGAGCGAAUACGGCAUAGAAUGGUACAGGCACUGCGCCAGUCAUCCGAUAAUCAUGUGGCUCACCUACGUGUUGUGGAGGAGAAACACCGAGAGGUGGUGGAAGGACUACGCACACAGUUGAAUACACAAGAGAUGGAGGUGCAGAAACUGCGUGCGCAGUUGGCUCGUAUGGACGCAGGCAGUAAAGGUAGUCGCUAUGCCACGAGCCUCCGCACAACUACAGAGCUUUUGGAGGUGCAGACACGAAAAGCUCAAGAAAUGGAGCUGAAACGUCUCUAUAGCGAGCUAUCGAACCUGCAGCUUCAGAGGGACGAUGCAUUGCUUCGAUAUGAGCAACUUUCAAGUAGUUUGCGUCGCGAGGAGGCGGAUCGUCUUACUGAGGCGCAGCGGGAAACACAGGGACUGCGGCAGAAGCUGCGUGAUCAGGAGCAAAACUAUGAGCAGCUUGACACUGAGAAGAACCGUAUGAAGGAGGAACUACGUGUGCUCCGCGAGAAGUGCAAGAGCCACGCCAGUGAAUUGCAGCGUGCCCGACAGGAGAGGGAUCAAACUCUUAAAAAGAUGGAAGAGCUGCGCCGCGCUCUUGCGACAGCCGAAGAGACAUGUGAACGCCUGCGUUCCGAGGCGAAGAACGACACGGCAAAGGAGCGCCAGCGUGUUC